AUGGCUCCUGUUGUCAAGCUCCCUGUGGAUGGACUGGCCUACCGUGGGUUCGCCACGAUCCUGUAUGACGUACUGGACUCGCUAGGCGUCCCCACAGAGAAGAUUGAGUACGUGUGCCGGGGUGAGCCUAGACCCGACGGGAUCAAGGGCCACAUCGUGGUCCACCUCAAGGUCCCCACCAGCGAGUUCGUACCCGUGUUGCGUGCCUUUGAGACACUGGAGAACCGCUGCUACCAAGACCUCCUGUUCCAUUGCGACGAGGAGUUCCUCAAGGUGGAGCGCAAGGAGGAGGAGAUGGUCGGCAAGCUCAAGGAGGAGCGCAUGGGCUAUGACAGAAUGAAGACCUUCUAUGAGACCCAUGAGAAGUCACUUCGGGAGGAGAUCGCCAAUCUCAAGGACAAAGUUGGGGAGGCUGAGCUUCGCCAUGACUAUCUUGAGUCCAAGAGGCUUACCCUGAGGGAGUUCCACGAGAAGGAGAAGCACCAUGGCAUCAAGAAGCUUGCCCUAGAGGCUCAUUGCAACACGAUGGAGAAGCUGGCUGUGGAGGCUGCCGUCACCACCACCUACAACAUGCAUCACCUGGUUCACUACAUCAAGUGCACUGAGUACCUUCAGGACAAGGUGAACCGCAUCAGCCAGGCUUGGAUCGACACUGAUCGCAAGCGCGUCUAG